CAGCAUUGAAACCACGCCUCCAUGUUGCAAAGUGACGCCACGGUUUUCCCAUGGUUCGUAUCCGAGCACUAAAGUCAUCGUGUUGUGACUCCAACACCAUCAGUGUCUGCUCGUUGCUCUCCCGUCUUCCACUUACGCUUCCAGGUGAUCAUGUUUAAGGCGGUUGCAGUGUUGGUAAUUUUUGGAUGCGCUUUGGCUGCACCGACGCCUCGCGUCGGCGACCAAAACCUAGUCCAAGCCAACAAAUUUAGUCCCAGUAAUGCCAUCAAAGAAUUGGAAUCUUCUCUUGAUAAUAUAGACGCGAUUUUCAAACAAUCGUUCCAAAAAAUUGGUGCCAGCAAGAAAUUUGAUUUCGUAGACGAUAACGAGAAACAGUUUCCUGUUGACAUUCAAUUCAACCCUACAAGUCUCCCCUCGCGCCAAGAUUCUCGCGAAGAAUUUCGAGGAGCCCAGGCACGUGAUCCAUUGGUUGGCACAGAGGAGGCUGCAGCGCGUGCUAUUGACUCUCCACUUUUUUUCAACACCUUUGAUCACGCUCAUAUGGUCACUGGUUACGCCGAACGAAGACGAGAUCGCCCAAUGUUGUUACGUAGCAUUCGACCAGACUUUCCAUUCUCCGAUAUUUCACGAAGAAGACAACGAGUUUAACAACAGAACGCCAAGUUGUGGUUCAGAUUGAAUUUUACCGAUGGUAACAACACACGAGACAGUGGCGUUUUCUUUUUUUUUUAAUUGGUUAUAUUUUGAUAGAAUAUAUAAGUGAAAGAUGCAAUUGCAGCUUUUACAAAAAAAUGUCAUAGGCUUGCGUAAUUUUUGUUAUUCAAUUUGUAAGAAAGUAUCGAAUAACGUAUGCCUUUAUGCCCAUCUGAAAUAAAUGUUUACUAAACGAAA